AUCUAAUGAUGUACAAUACGGUUUCUGUGAUAUUUUUGGUGCCGUUUUUGGCAAGUUUGAACCAUGCUUUAACCACAUUUCCAGUCAAUUACAAUAUUACAAUUAAUCCAGAUUUGGAUAAUUUGAACUUUACAAGUGAAACAAUUAUUUCCAUUCAAGUGGAGGAAACAAUAGAAAAUGUGACAUUAAAUUUCAAAAAUCUAAUAAUUAGUGAUCCAAUCAAAAUCACUAAUUCAAAAGCUGAAGAAGUAACAAAUAUUUUGUUAAAUGAAGAAAACGAGACUUUAGUUUUCCAUUUUCAAAACCCACUGGCACCAGACUUGUAUCUUGUGAAUAUCAUUUCCCGUGGUAAGAUAAACACAAAUUUAGAAGGUUUCUAUCAGGUUGAGACACAAAACAAGAAAAUUUUUCUGACAAAUUUCCACUACACCAAAGCGCGUCAAGUUUUUCCCUGUUUUGACCAUCCAAAUUUUUUGUCAACAUUUACCUUGACUCUCACACAUCCGAAAAACUACAAAUCGGUUGCAAGUAGUGUCAAAAUUUCAGAAACUGACAUAGAUCAGGCUACAGUUAAGUCUGUUUUUGCACAAUCAGACCCCUUGCCUCCUCAUUUAUUUGCUUUUGCCAUCCACGACUUGGCUCAAGUCAAAUACGAGGAAGUUUCAGUGAUUACAAGAGACAGGAACGAAACUGAAUAUCUUGGACAAUGGUCAAAAACCGUUUUGUAUCAUUUCCAACAAAAUGAACCCUAUCGAAUUGAGAAAUUGGACCAGAUUGUUAUCCCCGAUUCUGGCUUGUCGCAAGAUGUUGUGGUCAAUGUCGGAUUAAUUUUUUAUAGAGAAUCUGUGGUAUUUUAUAAUACAGAACGAGAAACACUAGAAGAUAAGCAAGAGAUAGGAAAACUGGUCGCUGGGGCGGUUGUUAGGCAGUGGUAUAAGUAUGCAAACACGACCAAAUGGUGGUCCAACUUGUGGAUUAGUGAAGGAAUCUCCUCCUUGUACCAGUUUAACAUUUUGGAAAAUUAUUGGAAAUGGAGAGUUUUUGAACAGUUUCUAAUACAAGAACUUGAAGACACGUUUGAUUAUGAUGCCAAUAUAGGGAUUACAACCAGUGUUGCAAAUCCGGACGACUUUUCACAAUUUCACAAAAUUAAAUCUUUUGCUCUGGUUAGGAUGUUUUUACAUUUGUCACAACCUGGCGAUAUUCUUGAAGAUGAUAAUGUAAUGGCUUUGUCAUGGACACAGAAACCUGGAUUUCCGGUUGUGGAAGUGAAAAGAAAUGCCAAUAUUUUUACACUUAAGCAAACUGGUGUCUCCUCUAUCCCGAUUACAGUUGUGUUUUCAAUCCCCAUUAGUGUUGUUUUUCAAGAUGAAACAGACCUUAGUUAUGACUUAAUUUUAGAAGAAAGUAGUCAACAAGCAAACUUAUCAAUGUCAGAGUCUUGGUAUAUCGUAAAUUAUGACCGAUAUGGAUACUUCCGGACAAAUUAUGACAAUGACAAUUGGCAAAAACUUAUAGUGUUGUUACAAAACUCAAACAUCGAUAAAAUUAGUCCACUAAACAGAGCAGCAUUAAUACAAGAUUCAUUUAAUUUGGCAAAGUCAAAUUUGUUAUCAUAUGACAUUUAUUUAGAAUUAACUAAAUAUUUAAAAAAAGAAACAGAUUAUAUUCCUAUUUACGCGUUUAUUAAGACUGCAAAUCGUCUUAAAGCUCUGUUUGCCGAAACAAAUAUUCAAAACACAUUUAUGGAACAUGCAAGAAAUUUAGUUCAACAUAUGUACAACAAAAUUGGAACCUCUCUUACGCCUUUAGACACCCAUUUAGACACUUUGAGUCGUAUCAAAAUUUUAACGUGGCUGUGCGAUUUUGGACUGGACAGUUGUCGAAAAGAAAUGUUUGAAAAACUAAGUCAAGGAAAAGGAGUUGAACCAGAUUUACAAGAACUCGUGUAUUGUGGAGGAAUGCGUCUUGGUACUUUGGAAACAUUUAUGUUUCUCAAAGAACAGCACAACAAACAUAAAAAAAAUAGAAUUUUGAAAAGUAUGGCUUGCACUUCUGAUAUUGGCCUUUUAAGGAAUUACUCGCUGGCUAUUGUUGACGAUAAUAUAAUCCUUCGCCUUAAUCCCGAAUUUAAAUUAAGUGCACUGAAGGCUAUUAUAGAUGGAAGUGAUGCUGGCGUUAAUGUCAUACUUGAUGUUGUUAAAAAAUAUUUGGAAUAUAUUUUAAAAAGUUUUACAGUUGAAGAAAUUGCAGAAAUAUUUAUUUCUUUAUCAAAAAAAUUGGUAACUGAAGAACAGAAUGCAAAGAUUGAUGAAAUUGUGGCUUGUCUCGAUAAUGAUCAAAAAGUAGCAUAUGGCAAAAUUUUCGAAACUGUGAAAAUAAACAUCAAAGAAAAUAUUGCUUGGAGGAAAACCCAUUUGGACGUUUUUAGAAAAUGGUUAAAAGUGGAUGAAAGUACAACAACUAGUACAACAACUACAACAACGACAACGGAAAGUACGACACCUGGAGGAGCAGCCGCAUUGAAAAUAUCAUUGUUUAGUUGUUUAAUGUAUUUAUGCCUAUUUGUUUUAUUUUAAUGUAAUGGAAGAAAAUUAUUAUUUAUAAUAACACACAAACAGUUUAAUAAACAUGUCACAAAAA